AAAAUUUACGAAUAAGUAAAUACACAAAUUAUACUAAGUUAAGAACAACUCAAUGGCUUAAUGCCUGUCAACUCUGACGUCUCCCAUUCAAAGCCCAACUUUUCAGAGCAAUUGAAUUGUGUUUUCUUCAACUGAAGCAACUCAGUUUUUCCAAACUAAGCCAUGUCCUUUGAAGUGCGCAUCAAGUGCCGCGAGAUGUUGGCCGCCGCCCUGCAAGCGGGCGAUUUGCCGGAAGGAUGUGGAGAUCCGGAGGACAUGGCCGCCCAGCUGGAGGAGGCCAUUUACGUGGAGCUGAAGUGCUGCCAGGUGAAGUACAAGAAUCGCAUACGUUCGCGACUGGCCAACUUGCGGGAUCCAAAGAAUCCCGGAUUGCGCGAGAAGUUCUUGCUCGGGCUGAUAGGCGUGGAGAAGAUGGCGAGGAUGACGCCCGAGGAGAUGGCCAGCGAUGAUCUGAAGCAGAUGCGCCAGAAGUUCGUCCAGGACUCGAUCAACAAGGCGCAGAUGGCCAAGUUCCAGGGCACCAAGACGGAUCUGUUCAAGUGCGAUCGCUGCCACAAGCGCAACUGCAUCCAAUUACACACCCGCGAUGGCGAUGAGCCCAUGGUCACCUUCGUCAUGUGCGACGAGUGCGGCAACCGCUGGAAGAACUAGUCAACCUUAGAGGAUUCAGUCCUCUGGUUACCAGCUGGUUACCAGCUCAUCGCUAAAACACUGAUCUUCCACUGCCACUGAUCUUCCACUUCCACUGAUCUUCCACUUCCACUGACUUCUUAAAUGCACUUGAUACUCUUACAAAAUAUACGCCUUUUGCACAUACAUACCUCUAAAUGCCAGAGGGUAUCAAUGAGUCCAUCAAGUGGCCUUCACAACGAUGCUCCUUUGUUCGCCAGCAAGAAAGCAAAUCGCUGUUUUAUAAACAUUCAACAAUAUACUAUGGACUAUAUACUAUGUAUGCAUGUAUAAAAAACGAGCAGCGUAGAUUUAAUGAAAUUUUCGACUAUUAGUUAGCACUUUA